AUGCCUCCCUUGCUCCCCCCCCUCCCUGGGGUUCCCUCCCCUCUGCCCCCCCCAGUGUCCCCGACACUUCGGGCAGUUUCCUCGGUAAUCUGCACCCCCUCCCUCUCCUCCCUCCUCCCAUCACUCUCCCGCCCUUCCGCAGCAGCAGCAGCAGCCGGGGCAGCAGCAGCAGCCGGGGCAGCAGCAGCAGCAGCAGCCGCAGCAGCAGCAGCCGGAGCAGCAGCAGCAGCAGCAGCAGCAGCAGCAGCCGGAGCAGCAGCAGCAGCAGCAGCAGCAGCAGCAGCAGCAGCAGCAGCAGCAGCAGCAGCAGCAGCAGCAGCAGCAGCAGCAGCAGCAGCAGCAGCAGCAGCAGCAGCAGCAGCAGCAGCAGCAGCAGCCGGGAUGGCAGCAGCAGCAGCAGCCGGUGCAGCAGCAACGGCAGCAGCAGCAGCAGCAACGGCAGCAGCAACAGCAGCAGCGGCCUCAGCAGGGGCAGCAACCCCAUCGCCCGCAGCGACACUGGAGGAGCUGCUGGGGACGGCAGCAGGGGUGGCGGAGGGGGGCGUGUUUCAAGUGAAUGAGAGGGGUGAUAGGCUCGUGGACCUGCGUGCUCUCUCACACAUCCUCACCCAGAGGUUUGCCAUGCUCGAAGCACGGCGAGGUCCGGGAGCACCAUUUCUCCCAGGCCCAAACCUGGGGGUGGCAGGCUCGGCAGCAUGUUGGGCGGAGGUGCGGCAGGAGGCAGUGAGGGAGGCGUUGAGGUUUGUGUGGCGGCGCAACCGAGUGGAGGAGGAGGCAGCAGCGCAGCAGCACGUGGCUCUGGCGUGGGCUCAGCUGCUGCAGAUGGCACUGUCCAGACGAUUUGAUCUACUGCCAGCACACGCCAGGCUGGAGGCAUUGCUGCAGCUGCUGUCAGCGUGUCUGAGAGCCAUCGCUGCACCGCACAUUCCGCUCUCCCUCGCCAAGCCCAUCUCGCAGGUGGUCCUAGUGGCAUUCCUGCAGCUGCAGCACCUCUCCUCCUCCUCCCCCACCUCCCCCUCUGACGCACCCUCCUCUGACGACGCGGGCGAGGUGACGUGGAGCGACGUGAUUGGCCACUCCUCCUUCUCCGACACAACCAACAGAGACGCACUAGGAGGCGGGGCGAGUGGGGCAGCAAGUGCAGCAGGGCGGGGGGGGGCGAGGGGGCAGGUGUCACUAGCGGAGAGCACGGGGUUACUACGGGACCUGCUGGGUGCACUCAUGUGGAAAGACUCCUCUGAUAGCCUCAGAAGGAGGCUCUACACAUCGCUCCUCACCUUCCUCGCCAUCUGUGCGCGCCGCUUCCGCAGUGCUGACGUGGACAUCUCGCCAGCUGUCAUGGCGCUCAUCCUCAGGGAGCUCCCCGGGGAAGAGACCUCCUCCCACCGCUCCCUGGACAUGUUGGAGCGGCAGCGCAGGGAGAUGCAGCGAGCCACACACGCCCUCCUCUCGCCGCACCUCCCCGCCCUCAUCCGCACUCUCUCCCACGACGCCUCCUCCUCCCCCUCCCCCCUCACUCGCUCCCUCGCACUCGCCGCCCUCUCCUCCCUCCUCUCCCACUCCGCCGACCCAAUCGCUGCUUCUGCCAGCCUGGCGCCGACCAAUGGCAUUGCGACAGCUGGACGGGACCACAGAAGCAUCUUCGCGCAAUCUAUGGGCGGCGGGCAGAAUCAGAAUCUGCUGAUUGGAUUUGGGCGGCUGCCGGAUUUGGCACCAGGGAUGACUUCACAGCUGGCAGUGGCGUCCACGUCAGCAGCGGCUGUGCUGAGUCAGAUGCAGGCGCAUGGAAUGGUGGAGGCGUGCAUAGCUGACGUCAGCAAGGGGAUCUCAGAGGUGCUGCUGCUCCCCUCGGCUGAUGCCCAGCGGCAAGCCUUCGUGACGGAGGCGCGCCUCUCACUGCUGCUGUCCAUCGCGGCCUCCACGGGGCGCCAGGGGCUGCUGCUGCUGCUCAACGCGGGCUUCCUCCGUGCCAUGGCUGCAUGCCCCUCGCUCGACGCCCCCGUCUCUGAAUCAUCCUACCUGGCGCCACAACCAGUGGGUCUCUCAUCGCUGGACGUCCCUUCUGAGUCGCUCUGCUUCGCCCACCUCGUGGCCCCCGUGCUCCGCCUGCUGCUCGCCCUCUCCACCCUCGCCCCGCCUGACGCCUCUCUCUCCCCGCAUGCAGCACCUUCAGAUGCCACUUCCAAGGCGGACGUGGCGUCACAGCUGGUGCACUUCGCACUCCACCACGAGGCCAUGCUCUCGCGUCUGCUGGAGGACCGCUCGCCCGCCUGCAACCCCACCGACCUGCUGCUGCUCUCCCUCUCCACCGCCUUCCUCUCGCGGGCCCUUCUUUGGGCCAAUCCCUCCCAGCUGGAGGGGCUGCGCGGCCUCAUGCUGCGGGCAGCAGCGGCGUACAGCGUGGGCGACGGGGAGAGUCGUGUGAAGUAUGUGCGGCAGCGCGUGGCCAGAGAGGAGGAGGACCGCGCAGGGGAGAUCGGCGGGAUCUCACUCUCCCUGCUCGUGCCAGAGGAGGAGCAUGCAAUGGAGGAGGGUGUGCUGAGAGUGAGGGCGAAUCUGAUGUCGUACCUGCGCUCCCUCGUCGCCUUCAAAGGCCUCCUGCUGCCUGCCGCUUCCAAGCACCAGCAUCAGGGCCCCACGUUGAGUCUCUUAUCAGAUCUGCUCCGUCAGAUGGUGAUUGAUCUUCAAGCAGCUGUGGAGGCUCGUGGGACUGCGCUCACCAAGGUGGUGGAUGUGAACGAUAUGUCACGGCACGAAGCAGAGGAGCUCAUCCGCGCCACUGCCUUCCACUCGCCCCACGCCGCUGCCCACUCCCACCUCCCCCUCCGCCAAGCGAGGCGUCAGGCGCUGCUAAUCCUGGCGAGUCUGGCAUCCACCAAGGAGCGAGCUCUCGCCUGGAUGCUCUACAUUUGCGAACACCUGCUGCACCUCCUCCUCUCCCACUUCUCCCUCCACCAAACCCUCAUCUCCCGCUCCUCGCCCCUCGCCUCCUCCCUCUCGCCCUCCCCUGCCACCUUCUCCUCCCGCCCGCGCUCCCUGCGCGUGCAAGGGCCUCGCGUCUCCCCCUCCCCCGGGGGGCCUGACGGAAUGGGGUUUGGGGGAAUGGCCGACGCGGGAGAAGAUGCAGCAGCAGCAGAGGCGGCAGCGGCGGGGGUGGCAGGGGGGCACAGCAGGGAGGAGUUUGAGGCGGUGGUUGGGAGCACUGCUGACCUGGAGCUAGUGGCCCGUGAGGUGCUGCCAAGUGUCAACAGACUAGUGGAGGUGAACGAGGACCGUGUGGGGUGCAGCACAGACUACAUGAGGCGCCUUGCUCUCUCCCUGCGCUCCUCUCUGCUGCUCCAGUUCCAUCUCUAA